AUGCGUCUCUGCCCCCGCUGCAACGUUUAAUAAAACAAUGCCUACAAAGUAGCUAGUUCCGAAAUGAUGAGGCAGGACAUGUUUAUGAUAUUUUGGAGGAAACAUAGACGAUGGAAGGAAUUCAAAUAAGAAAUUGACCUCCAGAAGAUGGCAGUAAUGAAUCAUUACAUUUAAGCCAGCUGCCUUAAAACGUCAAAGAAGAAGAACAGAACUGCGCAUGAGUAAAGGAACACUAAAAUAUGACCAUAGUGUAGUUUCUACUUAUUUUACAGCAUGGCUCUUGUUCCGUACGUAGAAAAUUCGUUACCUGUUCUUUCCAAACUCCACAAUUCAUCAGCACAGUUUCGGUUCGCCAACCACGACCUCCGUCUUGCCCAGGACUGGAAGAAGCUUGGGGUAGCAGCAGUUGUGUGGGAUGCGGCAGUUGUCAUGUGUAUGUACCUGGAGAUGGGGAAGGUGGAGUUAAAGGGGAAGGGGGUCAUUGAACUGGGAGCUGGCACUGGACUGGUAGGCAUUGUAGCAGCCCUGCUGGGUGCCAAAGUGACCAUCACUGACAGAGAGCCUGCCCUGGACUUCCUCUCUGCCAACGUGAAGUCAAACGUGCCCCCAGACUCCCAGGGAUCGGUGGUUGUGUCUGAGCUGACUUGGGGCGAGGGCCUUGAACGUUACCCGGCUGGGGGAUUUGAUCUGGUGCUGGGAGCAGACAUUGUUUACCUGGAGGACACCUUUGUGCCGCUGCUGCAGACUCUGGAGCACCUGUGUUCGGACACCACUGUGGUGUUGCUGGCCUGUAAGAUCCGCUACAAGCGAGACACAAACUUUUUAAGCAUGCUGAAGCAGCAAUUCAUAGUUGAAGAGAUCUACUAUGAGAAACAAAGGGACAUCCAUGUAUAUAAAUCUUGGAAACUGCCACCUAGGGAGGAUUUGUGACCACUGGGUGUCCUAACUGGUCAGUUUUCUUUCAUUGACUGCAGUCUUUGUAAUACAUUUACUGUUUUUGCAGAAGAAUCAAAUAAACAUGUUAAAAGAUUACCAGAAACACAUUUAUUAACAGCUGCCAAAAAUGUAAUAUUUGAAUAGCUCUAACAUAAUGCACUGUAUUAUACAAGUAGGUGAUGACAUUUAGAAAUUGUGAAUACAAAAUAAAUGAAAAGCAACAUAAAAAAAAAAGCAUACUAUUUCAUGACUAUACAUAAUACCUAAAAUACAACAUGGCAUUCCAUUAUCAUAAAAAAUAGCCAUUUUGUUCACUGUGAUGUCAUUGUCUUUUUGAUUUGGCCGCACUUUACAAUCUUUUGCAGGGUGUUUGAUAAGUGCAAUCGAGUCGGACUUGGUGAGGACUUGACGCUCCGCGAAACUAAUGACGUGGAAUCAAAUGUAUGAUGUUGCCUUGAUAAUAAAGCAACAAAACACUCCUGGAUACUUUGUGACCGAUUACUGGUUAGCAGUGUUACAUUCAAACCAAAAAAGAAUCUCAGAUGGUGCAUGAUAUUUUCCUGUUAAAUCAUGUGAAAUGUGGUAGGAUUGUGUAUG